UGUGGUCAGAAAGAAAAAAAAAACAGGCAUGUCUCAAAAAAUGGCGAAUGAUAAAUUUUUGUUCAUUGAUUGAAAGCGUAGUCCCUGUGUCAUUAAAUUUGUAAAAUAUUUGUUAGUGUUACUGUGAAUAAACAAUAAGGAUGGCUGAUGCUAUGGUAGAGCGUAGACCACCACCACGGUUCUUUUGUCAUAGGUGCCUUGUGGAAUUCCAAGAUGUUGAGCAGGACUACAUGUGCCCGUACUGUGAAGGUGGUUUUAUUGAGCAGUUGGAAGAGGAUGCGGAGGGGCCCGUACCACUGCCCCGUGAUGACUACAGUGAUGCUGACAUGAGCAACAUUGAUGACAUGACUGUUGAUGAGCUGGCACUGGACGAUUCUGAUGAGUUUCACACGAGCACUCCACCUAUGUUGAAUGACCUCGCGUUUUUAAUGUCUGGCGACCAACGAGUACGUAACGCGAUCGCAAACGCGGUAGCAACUACAGUGAACGGUACGAGCAAUAAUAUAGCCAGCUUCACAUCAACUAUAACCACCACUCCUUCUAGUGGCAACACUACCACCAUCAGUAAUAGCAACCCACAGCGAGGCCCCACCCUGCAGGAGGAGCUGCUGUGGCUGAUCAGCGGCGGCAGGCCUCCCGCGGGGGCCAUGACGGCGGGGGCCCCCUUCGUGCUCGUUGGCACUCCGGGGGACUAUGUGUUUGGGGGAGAAGGGCUGGACGCGGUGGUGACGCAACUGCUGGGUCAGCUGGAGCACACCGGCCCGCCGCCGCUGCCGCGCGAGCGGUUGGCAGCCCUGCCCACGCAGCAGGUGACCGCGGAGCAAGCCGCUGCCAACACCGCCUGCUCGGUUUGCUGGGAGAACUUCGAGCUUGACGAGACCGUGUCCCGGUUGGAAUGCGAGCACAUCUUCCACCAAAGCUGCAUAACGCCGUGGCUCGAGCUUCACGCCACGUGUCCUAUCUGCCGCCGCUCGCUGCUGCCGCCCGACGCGCCGCCCUCCACCACCGCCAGCACUACCGCCAGCACCACCACCACCACCGCCACCACCGGCCCCCCGCCCGCCACCACCGCGGCGCACCACAUCCGAUUAGGUACUCCACUGUCAAGUCUCUUUGUAAAUGCAGCACCCCACAUUGUGAUCCAACGCCGCACGGGUGCACUUCCAACUCUAAUCCGACGGAUCCCAUCACAAACUCACACCUGGGACUCGCUAAACGACACUAGUACGUCUGGCUCAAUGUCCCCAGCUUCAUCGGUGACCACGGGGGGCAUUUGGGCUGCACAGAACCGCUCCUCAAGUUCAACCGGCUCAACCAACUCCUCAACGUCCCUCAACUCAAACGACAGGGAUCGACAGUACAACACUGACAUGGACUAUGAUUAGAGAAGAUAAACUAUGAAUGAAAUAAAAGUGAAAGUGAAAAAAAGUUAAUAGUGUUACACAAUGGUUGUUCAGUGAAGUGAAAGUGAAAAGUGAAAGAUUUCAGAAGACGAGACGUAGCUGUGCGACCAUUGUGUGAAUUGUUCCUUUUUAUAAUAUUGUUCCAGUCAUACUGGGUGUAUUUGAAAAUGGCGGCACACUUUGAAUAACCACUUAAUACAAUUAUUGCAUACUUCGUAAGAGCUGUGCGUCAACUUUAAGGCUGAGAGCUAUAGAGUGUUCUUCCACUUUGCUCAGAUUUAAAUUUCAAUUAAAAGGAGACGGAUUUAUGCCAGCGAUAUAACUCUGUCUUGUUUUAACUGCCUUAGAUUUGAGCAAAGACAAAUUGAUCUCAUAUGUAUGUUUAGCUAUGUUUCCACUGAGCAAAAAACAUCUGUUUUGGACCAUUCACGUUAAUAAGAAAUGAUGUGAUCGAAUUAUCAGAUCAUUCAAAAUUAACCAGCAGCUUGAUUGUGGUAGAAUGACGGCUACAAUGUCACAAUCGCAAUUACCUCUGAUUGGUUGACGCUCGCUCACUAUUGACUACAAUGCAUUGUUGCAAUAAGAAUACAAUAAAUUCAGCCAAUCGGAUGAAUAACGGAUGGUCUAUUGAACAUGUCAUGUCAGUGGAAACACACGAGGCUCAGAGAAAGUGCUUCACACAAAGGGGCAUGGGCCUAAAAGUUACAAUACUGAGGACAAAUGAAAGUUAUCAAUGUGUAUUCCAUUUCGUGUGGGAGGAGUAUGAUGUGAGCUCAACUCUAAUAAUAAUAAAAGGAUUUUCCCCGUGUCUGCUAAGCGCUGGUUAGCACUAGCUUUAGGUUUGUCACCUGCCACAUCUUGAUUUACGGGUUACCAGCAUCAAAAAUACGGGUUCUAGAUUAUUUUACGGGAGAUAGUGUUUUACAUAGAUAUUUUUUUUAAUACUUAUUGUUUGAAGAGCUUUUAAAAGCUCUUCAAAUUGUAAGUCAAUAGUUUUGGCUAUGCGAGUAUUGGUCCACGCAUUGCCAUAUUAUAUCUACUGGACAAAACGUCAGGGAUUGUUUUCGACAGCCAGAUCCGGCUGAAUAUGUAAAAAAUACGAAAGCUUUAUCUACCCCGUAUUUUAUUUUCGCAAUUACGGGUUUCUGUAUUAUCAUACCCUGAAAUACGGGGUAACCCGUAAAAUACGGGGCAUCUGGCAAUCCUAACUAGCUUCCUUCAUACAAGUGUGCCCAUAGACCUUUAAAAGCAAAUGCAAGUACUUUUCAAAUCACCUAUGUAUACCACAUUAAAAGUUGUGUGCCUUUUAUUUGUAUUGCAGAACAUUGUAAGUUAUUUAAUAAGUAAAUUAUAGUCAUUGCUAUAAUAAUUUUUAGUGUAUAUUUAAAUAGUCAUUCAGACUUUCUUUUUACUGCAUUAGUUUUGAUGAGGUUUUAUUUAAUCACCUAUUUGACUAGUGAAAUGUAUGUUUUUAGGAUGAAUUUUUUCACUCCAAACAAACGUAGUUUGACUUUCUUUUCAACCGACUUCAAUAAAAGGAGAAGGUUUCUUAAUUCUACUGCAUGUUUUUAUUUUUUGUAUUUUUUUGUUCUGUAUUUGUUUGUUAUACGAUUACUCCGCCAAUUAUGAACCGAUUUUGAUGAUUCUUUUAAUGUUUUGUAGGGCAUACCUCAAAGGUGGUCCCAUUUCAAUUUGCUAAAGAUCUAAUGAAUGUCGUCGGAGAUGGAGAACAGAACCAAUGGAUAACAGUACUCGAGUGAAGUCGAACAAGCAUAAUAAAA